AUGCCAUCCACAACGGUUUCCAACAAAGCACUUGAAGAUGCUACUGCUCGAGUGCAACAACUGGUGGCUCAAGCUAUGCAGUUGAAGAAUGGCCCCGCUGGCCAUUUCACGAUGGCCAUGGAAAUCGCAAAAAAUUUGCCGGUGUUUGAACAACAUGGACGAUCAGCGAGCAUGAUUUCGCCAUUGUUGCUAUCGGCGGCGAUGGAGUUGCAGUCGCAUUUGGACCCAGGUGACUCACCAAUCCUGUAUAAGUAUCCCCAUAUGGGGCAACAUAUUAUGGAUGAUCGCCGCAUUGAGAAACAUCCUUUGUACCCGGAAGGCUCUCAAGUUUAUUGCUUCCUCAAGCCCAUCGCCAUUGUCCCACCCUCCGGUACAAACCGGGCUGAGGCGGUGAUUGACAAUGCAACGGAGGACCCGCCGGUUGCGUCAAAACCCAAGCCAAAGCCAAUCGUAUCCGUAAAAAACACUGAAGGUUCGUGGAUAGUUCUGAAAGUGAUGGCAUCGAAAUCAUUGACCAUGUAG